UGGCACUGUCCUGCACCGAACUACGAAACCGUUUCUCAUCGCACCCUGAAACGACUUUGGUUUGCGCAUAGUGUGCUCAGCACCAUCAGCACUAGGAAACCUGCAUACGGGCAUUCUCCUCUAAUUUUCGAGCUUGUCCGCGAGGUUGCGGAGGCGGGUAAAGCUGCGGCGAGAGUUUUCUGUUGCUCUGCACUUGAUCAAGCUACCGCGUUAGUUACGAAGAUGACGCCUGACGUGCACCCAUAUGAUUAUGACCUUGUCGUCAUCGGGGGGGGGUCUGGGGGCCUUGCCGCAGCAAAACAAGCUGCCAAGCUUGGGGCAAAGGUAGCGUGCCUUGAUUUCGUCAAACCUUCCCCGAGGGGAAGCACCUGGGGGCUCGGGGGCACAUGUGUCAACGUCGGAUGCAUACCCAAGAAAUUGAUGCAUCAGGCAGGGAUCUUAGGAGAAUCUUUCUCUGAUGCCAAAGAAUAUGGAUGGCAUGUCCGCAACGACGGGCAUGAUUGGAAUAAGAUGAAAAACGGCAAAAUAGAGACUAUGACAGCCAACCGAAUUUUAAUCGCAGUUGGAGGUCGACCAAGCUAUCUCGAUGUACCUGGCGCUGAAGAAUCUCUUGGUUAUGACACAACCGUCGCCAUACGAUCCAUUCCUCUGCGUGGAUUUGAUACCGAGAUCGCAGAAAAAAUCGUGGGAUAUAUGGAGCGGCAUGGUACUAAGUUCAUGCGCGACUCCCAACCUUGCGCAUUUGAGAAAAGAGCAGGUGGUAAGAUCGCCGUCAAAGUGAAGAACACAGUCUUUGGCAACGAGUUUGAGACCGAGUUCGACACUGUGAUCCUUGCCGUCGGACGCCAUGCUGUAACGGCUGGGCUCAAUCUAGGCGCUGCCGGUGUCAGAGUCAACCCCAGAAAUGGCAAGAUUCCUUGCGUUGAUGAGGUGACAAACAUAUCCCACAUUUACGCCGUCGGUGAUGUGUUGGAUAUGCGUCAAGAGUUGACACCGGUGGCGAUAAAGGCCGGGGUCAACCUUGUCAAUCGAAUCUUCUCAGGCGGUAAAUAUGGAUGUAUUGGUAUGUCUGAGGAGCUUGCAAUUGAAACGUUCGGUGAUGAGAAUGUGGAAAUAUAUCAAUCAUACUUUAAGCCUUUGGAAUGGGCAGUUAAUCACGCUGAGCACGACGGCGUCGCGCAUCGUGAAGACAAUGCAUGUUAUGCGAAGCUCAUUACCAACCUUUCUGACGACGAGCGCGUCGUUGGAUUCCACUACGUUGGGCCGAACGCUGGAGAAGUAACACAGGGCUAUGCCGUGGCAAUGAAGAUGGGUGCUAAGAAGAGCGAUUUUGACGGCACCGUUGGCAUUCACCCUACCGUGUCAGAAGAGUUCACAAUACUAUCCAUCACGAAACGUUCAGGUGUUGACGCCACGAAACGGGGCUGCUGAGGAUAAUACGGCCGCUGAGCGUUUGUUUUUAGCCCAUGUCAAGAUAUAAUCCUUCCAUGGGAUGGAUCAAACGUAACCUCAUCGGCUACACGAAAAGCCAGCUUUUUUGCUUUCAUUACGCGACAUGUCAUGUGAUGGUUGGGUCAUAACACGCUGCGUACUUGCGUCGACCUUUACUUGAUAUCGUAAGGCAUUCUCCCACUGUGGUCAGGCGUAUCAACAUAUUUGCAUGGUCUUUGAGAUCAGUACUAUUGCGAUGCAGCCGACUGUGUACUGCAAAUGUAAUGUGCAUCAAUAUAACUAUAACG